AUGCAUCGAAAUAAUUCAAAAAACAAAAAUGAAAUUCCUUCGACCUCAAACUCCUUUUCAACUUUCAAUUCAAAAUUAGAAAAUAAUAAUUCCCAAAUUUUACAAAAAUAUAAAUUAUUAAAUGCUGAACAAUGGUUAGAGUUGAACGAACAAAUUAAAAGGAUAAAUCUACAAAACAAUGACAAUAAAAAUCCUUUUGAGGAAGCAAAAUCACGAGAAAGAUGCCCAGAAACAAUAAAAGUACUGCCAAUAUUGCACAAAACUAACCAACUUCCACCGACUUGUAAUAAAGUUAAACAAAUAUUUUUUUGCCCAAAACAAAAUAAGCAAAAUUGUUGUCCACCUUCUCCAAUAUCAACAAGUGCAUAUGGAACGGGUGGAGGUACAACAACAGAAGAUACAGGCCAAGAAUCACCAUCAGCUGAAAUACAUCAUCAAGGCCGAGAGAAACCAAAGCAGAUAAAAAGUGUAAGAUAUGCUUCAGAUAAACCACCAAUAAAUUCUUCACAAUCCACUUUAAUCAAUGCUGCUAAACCUCACUUCUACACAUCGGCUGACCGAUUAGCUGAAACAUUGGCUGCUCAACAAAGAAUUUUGCGACAAGAAUUAACUUUAGAAAAUAAACAAAGAAUAACACAAUCAGAACAAAAUACAAAAACUGAGAUUAAAAAAAUAAAACAAAAACAACCAAUAAUGGAAAUGCCUAUAAUAAAAAAUCCUUUCAUUAGAACAACCAAAUUUGUGAAUAAUUCAACUUGUUCAACUCCUCAAUUAAAUUCACAAAUUAAACAUUUGAACACAAAUGAGAAUAAAACUUUAAUUAAUAAUGAAAUUUUGCAACUAAAGCCGACAAACUCAACAAAGAAUUUUCAAUUAAUUUCAAUAAAAUCAUCCUCAAACGAAAAUAAUGCUUCAACCUUUAGCCAAAGUUUUGCUCAACAAUUACCCAAGCAAAAUACAGUGCGACAGGAAACCCAAAAUAAUUUUCCUUUAACAAAAAAGACUACAAGAAAAUCAAAAUCCCCCUCUAAAUUUACAAGAAAAAUGUCCAAAUCACCAAGAAAAUCAAAAUCACCCAAAGCUAAACAACAAGAAUUAGAAUGGGUGAUAAAACGCCGUCCCGAUGGUACUCGAUACGUGACAAGAAGACCAAUGCGCAGUUCCAAUAAUUCAGCUAUUAUAAAAGAACGACGUGAACGUUCUGCUUUACGAGAACGCCAUCAAUCAAGCGCUUUAAGUACAACCACGGAUGAUGAUGGGCAAAAUACAAUGCGACAAAUGAUAAAAGAACAAAGACGAAGAAGGAAAGGCCACACAAAAACAUUUGGUAAUCAACAACAACAAAUAGAUUCUAAUUACAAACAACAACCUAAUAAAUUUAAUAUUCCAAAAAAUUCUCUUCCUAUAAAUCAAUUUCAACAACAAAAACAGCUUCAAUUGGAUAGCAAAACUAUUAAACAAAUGUUGAUGAAUCGACCAAUUGCUUCUUUUUUCACCUCAACUACUGUUUAA